AGCGGCCCCGUGGCUUCCCCGGCCCCGUGCGCGCAAGCAUGGAGCUCGACGCCGCGCUGAUGCGCAGCGAGGAGGAGGAGGCGACGGACUCGGGCUCCGACUCCGAGGAGCUGGUCGCUCCGGGCCGGGCCCGCCGGGGAGGCCUGCAGGGAGACUUCGCUUCGGGGUUCGUCUUCGCGGAGAAGGAGUCCGUGAGGCCCGGUGGCGGCGGCACAUGGGCGGAGGCGCUGAGCCAGCUCAAGGGCAAGAGAUCCGCCACAAGCCUGGAUGAGAAGAUUGCAGCAGUGAGAAGGAAAAGGAAAGCUCAGGAGAAGCAGAUAAAACAAGGAACGUCGCAAAAGGAUGGCGAAGAGGCUACGCAGAAGGAUGAAAACCAGGCCAGUGGCGGUGAGGAGGAAGAGGAGGAUUUGGGAUCUGAAUACUCCUCAGCGGACGAGAGCAUCUUCACCAAAGCGGAUACGCUCAAAGUGAAGCCUCAACGGAAACGGAAGCAAGGUGAAGAGGAGGGCACCGAACAGUUUUUUGAGGAAGACGCUUCGCAGUACGAUGACAGCCUGUCGUUCCAAGACAUGAACCUUUCCCGGCCUUUGCUGAAGGCAAUCACAGCCCUGGGCUUCAAGCAGCCGACCCCUAUCCAGAAGGCCUGCAUCCCUGUGGGGCUGUUGGGGAAGGACCUCUGUGCUUGUGCCGCCACAGGGACAGGGAAGACGGCGGCCUUCGUCCUGCCUGUCCUGGAGCGCUUGAUCUACAAGCCUCGCCAAGCGCCUGUGACCCGCGUGUUGGUUCUGGUGCCAACCCGGGAGCUGGGCAUCCAGGUGCACGCCGUGACUAAGCAGCUGGCACAGUUCAGCAUCAUCACAGCCUGCCUGGCAGUGGGGGGCCUGGACCUCAAGACCCAGGAGGCAGCGCUCCGCUCGGGCCCCGACAUCCUCAUCGCCACUCCCGGCCGCCUCAUCGACCACCUGCACAAUUGUCCCUCCUUCCACCUGGGCAGCAUUGAGGUCCUAAUCCUUGACGAGGCCGACCGGAUGCUGGACGAGUACUUUGAGGAGCAGAUGAAGGAGAUCAUCCGGAUGUGCGCCCGGCAUCGCCAGACGAUGCUCUUUUCUGCCACCAUGACGGACGAGGUGAAGGACUUGGCUUCGGUCUCCCUGAAGAACCCCGUCCGGGUCUUUGUGAACAGCAACACGGACGUGGCCCCAUUCCUGCGUCAGGAGUUCAUCCGCAUCCGUCCCACGCGUGAGGGGGAUCGAGAGGCCAUCGUGGCAGCUCUGCUGACGCGGACUUUCCCGGACCACGUGAUGCUCUUCACCCAGACCAAGAAGCAGGCCCAUCGCUUGCACAUCCUGCUGGGCCUCCUGGGGCUGCGCGUGGGCGAGCUGCACGGCAACCUCUCGCAGGCCCAGCGCCUGGAGGGGCUCCGGCGCUUCAAAGACGAGCAGAUCGACAUUCUGGUGGCCACGGAUGUGGCCGCGCGAGGACUUGACAUUGAGGGCGUCAAAACGGUGAUCAACUUCACCAUGCCCAACACGGCCAAGCACUACGUCCACCGGGUGGGGCGCACGGCUCGGGCGGGGCGGGCUGGCCGCUCCGUGUCCCUGGUGGGCGAGGAAGAGCGCAAGAUGCUGAAAGAGAUCGUCAAGGCUGCCAGAGCGCCCGUCAAGGCCAGGGUCCUCCCCCAGGAUGUGAUCCUGCGCUUCCGGGAGAAGAUUGACAAGCUGGAGCCAGAUGUGUACGCCGUGCUGCGCCUGGAGCGGGAGGAACGGGAGCUGCAGCACUCUGAGGCCCAGAUCAGCACCGCCAGGCGGAAACUGGAGACUGGGGCUCAGGGAGCCGCCGAGGGCGCCACCCGCAGCUGGUUCCAGACCCAGGAGGAGAGGAAGAAGGAGAAGCUUGCCAAGGCCCUUCAGGAGUUUGACUUAGCACUGCGAGGCAAGAAGAAAAGGAAGAAGUUCUUGAAGGAGUCUCAAAAGAAGGCCCAGCUGACACCUGAGGAACGGUCACAGUUUGAGGUACUGAAGGCCCAGAUGUACGCGGAGCGCCUGGCCAAGAGAAAUCGCAGAGUUCAGCGAGCCCGGGCCAUGCCGGACGACGCUCCGCCCACUGGAGCUCGGGCAGGGCCCAGACAGCAACGCAAGAAGAAGUCGUCCGUGUUUGACGAGGAGCUCACCAACACAGACAGGAAGGCCUUGAAGCAGUAUCGUGCCGGGCCCUCCUUCGAGGACCGCCAGCGCCUGGGCCUUGCCACGAGGAGGAGAGGAGGCCCCUUCAAAGCCCACUCCAGGUACAAGAGGAAGUGAGGAGAACGGCUCCUGCCUGGCUGCCUCCCUCAUCACAGGCAGCCGUUGCGUCAGGGCCGCUGGGAGCAGGAUUCGCCCCAGAGGAACAAGCCAGGCUAGUCUGGUGGCAGCGGCGGCUCCUCUGUUGGGUAGGAAAGCAGGCAAGCAGGCGCGGCUGCCGGUGCUCCCUCCCUCCCUCCAUCCCUCCCUCUGGUCCAGGCCUCCCAUGUGGAUACCAUCACACCAGACAUCACCUUGGUUUCCCGAGUGUUGCAGCUGUGUCAGGCUUCUGAAUUUUCCAACCUUCCUCAUUUCUAAGGCUACUGUCUGCCCUGUUUGGCAAAGGGAAGAGAACAGCGCCGUUGCUCCGGAAGAACAUUUUCUUUGUCAUUCUACUUGUGGCACCCGACUGAUUGGUUAUAAAGCUCCAAAUAUUUUGUGUAAACUAAAUGCAGCUGAAUCAAA